AAGGCAGUUAUCGAACCCUCCCUCUUCCCUUAAGAAAUAUUACGCCGAAGUUUUCGAUUACUCCUCCUCUGGCCAUCGCCUUCCCUUCUUUGUGUCCGACCUCUGUGCUCUCUGUACUCUGUGUGUGUGUGUGCUGGGGGGGCCGAUCCAUGGCCGGGGCCCGCGCUUCGCCCAGCCUGCUUGCAAAACCUCCUUUCAACCGAUGCAACUUUUAAUGGAACCAUGCCUCUUCUGGGCGGACGUUUGAUCACGGGCGUCCCUUUUCUCUUCAACGUCUUCAGCUUUGUGGCUGCUUCCCACAGUGACCGUAAGGUGAACAGUUUGCUGUUUGCAGAUGAGAAACAAGAGAAGUUUGUAAGGAGUUUGCAAAGUUAUGAAAUCGUGCACCCCAUCAAAGUGGACGAAAGUGGGGCCAUACUGUCUCCGGAUGUCACUCAUUAUGUCAACCACGUUAGAAGGCGGGACCUUGGCAAAAGAGAGGAGCAUGUUUAUUACCAACUUGUCCACCGAGGGCAAAAGCUGCUAUUCAACCUGACACUCAAUCGCCCUUUCCUUUCGCCAGGCUACGUCCUGGAGAAAAGAUACGGAAAUGUAACUGGGACCAUCGUUCAGAGACCUACAGGGAACACGUGUCACUUCCUGGGUAGAGUGGAGCAUCCAGAUCUGGGGAGUGGCAAUGCUGCUAUCAGUACCUGCAGAGGACUGCAUGGUUUAUUCCGAUUACGCAGUGGUGACUAUCUUAUUGAACCUGUCAAUGGCCAUCCAAGGCAAAGAGGGGAACAACAGCCACACAUUAUUUAUAAGAGGGACGCUAUCCAGCAUUCUCAGAGGAAGCAUCGUGAGUUCACUCCAACAGGCACAAGAGUUUGUGGAAUACAAGAUUCUGAUAAUAAUAUCCUGCAGCCAGAGAGACAAAGAGAGAGAUGGGAAGAGAGUCAUAGGAAAGGCCGCAGAAUCUCCCAGAGAUCGAUCAGCAAGGAGCGAUGGGUUGAAACGUUAGUAGUUGCUGACACCAAAAUGAUAGAGUAUCAUGGCAGUGAAAAUGUGCAGUCAUACAUCUUUACCAUUAUAAAUAUGGUUGCAAGCUUGUUCCAUGAGCCAAGUAUUGGCAAUGCUAUCCACAUCGUAAUGGUGCGACUCAUUUUACUGGAGGAAGAGGAGAAAGAAUUAAAAAUCAUUCAUCACGCUGACCAUACUCUUUCCAGUUUCUGCAAGUGGCAAAGAAAUGUGAAUCCUAAAAGCGACUCCUCGCCACAUCACCAUGACAUUGCUGUAUUGUUGACUAGGAUGGAUCUCUGUGCUGGAAUGAAUCGUCCCUGUGAGACAUUAGGUCUGUCACAUGUGUCAGGAAUGUGUCAACCGCUUCGAAAUUGCAACAUUAAUGAGGAUUCUGGCUUACCAGUGGCAUAUACCAUUGCACAUGAGAUUGGUCACAGUUUUGGCAUCCAGCAUGAUGGACAGGGUAAUGAUUGUGAACCCUUUGAGAAGAAUCACUUUAUCAUGUCUCGGCAGUUACAAUAUGAUCAGUCUCCUCUCAUAUGGUCUCACUGCAGCAAAGAUUACAUCACACGUUUUCUGGAUCGAGGCUGGGGUUUCUGUCUCAAUGAUCCACCAACUCAACAGGAAUUAGUGGUUCCCACCAUUGCUCCAGGUGUGCUAUAUGAUGUCCAUCAUCAAUGUCAGCUCCAGUAUGGACCCAACUCAACAUUCUGUGAGGAAAUGGAUAAUGUUUGCCAGACUCUUUGGUGCUCAGUGAAUGGCUCUUGCCGUUCGAAGCUGGAUGCUGCAGCUGAUGGGACCAGUUGUGGAGAGGAGAAGUGGUGUUUUAAUGGUGAGUGUGUGACAGUUGGAAACCGUCCAGAAGCUGUGAAUGGAGAUUGGAACACAUGGGGUUCCUGGUCACAUUGUACACGUACGUGUGGAGCAGGAGUUCAAGCAGCAGAGAGGCAUUGUAGCAAUCCAGUUCCAAGAUUUGGUGGGAAAUACUGUACUGGAAAACGCAAAAGAUAUCGUAUUUGUAAUGUCAAGCCAUGUCUGCAGGAGACACCUACAUUCCGUCAGAUGCAAUGCAGCGAGUUCAACACGGUUCUUUACAAAAAUGAACUUUAUUCAUGGGUUCCGGUCUAUCGUAUUGCUAAUCCCUGUGAACUGCAUUGCCGGCCUGUUGGUGAACAGUUCGCUGAGAAGAUGCUCGAUGCAGUGAUUGAUGGAACAUCGUGCACUGAGGCUGCAAACAGCAGGGACGUCUGCAUCAAUGGCAUAUGUAAGACUGUCGGCUGUGAUUAUGAAAUAGAGUCCAAUGCAGUUGAAGAUCGAUGUGGGGUGUGUCAUGGGAAUGGCUCUUCCUGUCAGACUGUAAAGAAGACAUUUGAAGAGAGUGAAGGAUUAGGCUAUGUUGAUGUGGGCCUCAUUCCUGAAGGAGCCCGAGAUAUCCGGGUGGAAGAAAUAGCUGAAGCAGGGAAUUUCUUGGCUUUGCGAAGCGAAGAUCCAGAGAAAUACUUCCUCAAUGGAGGUUUUAUUAUCCAGUGGAAUGGAGACUACAAAGCAGCAGGAACAACAUUUAAAUAUGAAAGAAAUGGGAAUCUGGAAAACCUAACAGCUCCAGGACCUACGAAAGAACCUGUCUGGAUUCAGCUACUGUUCCAAGAAAAGAACCCUGGUGUUCGUUAUGAAUACACUAUCAAGAAAGACACAGAGGAAGAGAACACAAUAGGACAACCAGAAUUCUUUUGGAAAUUUGGAGCUUGGACUGAUUGCAGUGCUCCAUGUGGAACAGGAGUUCAGCGCCAGAUUGUUCGAUGUGUGGAAAAAACACCCAGAGUUGUGGAAGACAGAUUCUGUGAUGCAAGGACUCGUCCUGAUGACCGGCAACAGAAAUGCAAUGAACAGGAUUGUCCUGCCAGGUGGUGGGCUGGCGAAUGGCAGAAAUGCUCAACAACAUGUGGUGACUCAGGUGUUAAGAAACGAACAGUUCUCUGUGUUCGAACGGUGGGGACAGAUGAGCAGGCACUUCCCAGUUCAGAGUGCAAUCAGCGUCUCAAGCCAAGGACUCAAAUGACUUGCAAAAGAGAUAUCCCAUGUCCCUCAAACUGGACUGUGAGCAAUUGGAGUGAUUGCUCAGUUACAUGUGGAGGUGGAUUCCGCACACGGAAUGUGACAUGCACUUGGAAUAAUAAAGAACUCUGCAAAAUUUCCAAAAAGCCAAGUGUGAAAAGUUUAUGUGGCUUACGGCACUGCUCUAAUAACAAGAACAUUCUGUUCCCUCCAAGAAAGCCCAAAGAUGGUAAAAUGUAUCCCAAAGAUCUCCCUAGUAGGCUGAAGCCUAAAUAUGGCCCUAAUCAUUCAAGUUCAAAAGUUCAACCUAAACCCAAACGAGUGACCACUAAGCAGCCUCUUCCUGUCAACAUCACAGUGCCAACAACUGCUGGCAGAAGCCCUGUAACAACUAUGGCUACCACUACAAACAAACAAAUACAUGUGCAGGACAAGCCUUCCCCAAAACAGCAAAACCGCAAUGCAUCGUAUGACGACAACUUUAUUGCUAUUCACCAAAAUCUGACCAAUGAGAGUGAUACUGUCAACAGGAAGAGGAUCUCUGAAGCUGGAAACAUUACAGACACAAUACAAAAUACUAAUGAGACUCACAAUAUUACUGGUGAAAAUGACAGUGUCUCAAACCAUGACCACAUUACCACAGAAGAGGUUGUUAAACAUUUUCCAUUUACAGAAGAACCUCAGGCUGGUAUCGUAACAGAUGAAAACAAUGAUAAAAUUGUGAAGUCUACUGCCGUCCCAAUCAAUAGUGAGAAAUCGAUGUUAUCUACUAGUCCACAGACAACAUUUGUGAGUACAGUAAAGCCUGGUAGUACACAAUUAAUCAAGCCAAGUGUAAGUGUGCCUUCUCCAGGUUAUGGAAAUAGAAAGGUUGGUUUGCCAAGGUUAAAAAUAGAUCCAAAAUUUAAAGCAACAAUGGAGCGGCUAAGAAUGAAACUUUACAGAAUGCUGAAUCCAGAGCGGUUUUCUAACCAGACUGACAUUCUUGCACCUGGUCUAAAUCCUAAUGAUGAAAACAGUACAAACCUACAACAUAAUCUUGAGCUUACAACUUCAAAUGGAGUUGGUACAACAGAUUCAGAAUGGGUGAAAUUCACAGGAGCCAUCGGCAGUAAGUUGUCAGCUGCUGAACCAUCACCUCCCUCAAAAUUACCUUUGAAGAAAAUUCCAACUAUAAAUAGACUGAAUAAUUUCUCCAAUAUGACUGAAGACUAUGAUGAUUUUGCACCUGAAGUUAGCUUGGAUGAUGUUUAUUGGAAGGUUGGAAAUUGGAGUGAGUGUUCUACCACAUGUGGAGUUGGUGCAAUGUGGAGACAAAUAGAAUGUAGUACUGAAGAAGACUCACACUGUGAAAACAUUAAGAAGCCAGCCCCUGCUCGGAGAUGUUUUGUACAUCCGUGUGCUAUUUGGAAAAUAGGAAACUGGAGCAAGUGCUCAGAAAACUGUGGAGGUGGUGCUAAAAUCCGUGACAUACAGUGUAUAGACAGCCAUGAUAAAAGGCCCCUGAGGCCUUUUCACUGUCAACUCCUCAGAACCAAACCAUCCACAAGCCUUCGCUGCAAUCUAAAGGCCUGUGCUGACUGGCAAGUUUCAGCUUGGAGUGAGUGUUCAAGGACAUGUGGUGGUGGUGGGAUUCAAGAAAGACUGGUUCACUGUAUGGAAGAAGGACAGUGCAAUUUGAAGGCUCAGCCUCAUACUACCAGGCCCUGCAAUAAUCAGCCAUGUGUUCAGUGGAUAACUGGAACCUGGAGUGAGUGCUCUGCGUCCUGCGGAGGAGGCUUACAGCAACAGGUGGUGAGAUGUAUGAACUUGGAAACUAAUAAGACAGAGGAAGACAGCAGCAUUUGUGAAAUAAAGCCAUCCCCAAGUAAGAUACAGAGAUGCAACACUCAGAAGUGUAUGAGCAGAAACGAUAACAUCUGCAUUAAGGACAGAAUGUCAAAAAAAUUUUGCCUCACCUUGAAGAAAUUGGGUCGAUGUUCAAUGGCAACAAUUAGGACCCAAUGUUGUUCCACUUGCCAGAAAUUGAGCAGAAUGACAACGAGAAGAGCACUACAGCGAAGUUUGAGCAAAGGAACCACUUCAGAUUCAUGAAAGAAAUUGGAAUUUGUAUUUGUACUUUGACUAACUGGAACUGCACUCUUUUAAGCAAGGUUUUGAAAAUGAGCCUACUUCCUUCAGUAAGGUGCUGUUUAAAAUUUUAUUGAUCAAUGCAGUAAGUCUUUACUUAUUUGGCAAAGGAAAUAGUUACUCAUACAGAGCUAUCAAGUCUCGCCAGAUAAACAGUCUGAGUGCACAUUGGUUUUCCAGUUCAGUCAGUUCUUUGAUCUUUACAUGCUUAGUUUCCAUCAAACAAAACUACACCUUUUUUUUACCCUCAGCACUGACUGGGGAUAAUUACUGAAAUGCAAGUGUAAGGGAAAGUCAUAUUUUCAGUUCGGCAGAUUUUACUCUUUACUCUUAAUUUACUAGGGCACUGAAAAGUAAGUACUGAUGGGCACCACAUUAUAUAUCAAUACAAUUUUGCAGAUUGCCUCUGUUUUACACAAUAGAACCUUCCUUCAAUAACUCUGAUGCAGUUGCUAUCCUUUCAUCUGCUAUUCACCUUAUUCUUUAAAGCAAAAAUCCAUUUCACAUCCUCCCAAACUGGCCAUAUUAAUACUUAGGCAUUUGGCAGUUGUAUCAUUUCCUCCAGAAAUACUUCUCCAGCAGUUGAAAUGUAAAGAUACAAUGCAAAUUUGAAUGUCUUUUUUUUAAUCCUGCAGAGUCAGGAUCACUAUCUAAAUGCUAAAUGUUUAAUGUAUUCAGAUUACCAGCUUUAGUAACUCCAAAAUUUACUGCUUAUGCACAUCAUACAUGCACAGAAAUUUGUGGAAAGACAUGCAUUUUAUUUAAAUUACAAAGACUUCAGUUGCAAACCACGACACUAGGUUUGGUGUUAGAUAUCCAACAUGGUAUCUGUGGCCCAGACCUUUGUUGUAAGUACAUAACCUAAACUAAGGUCUCCAUACAGUGUCAAAAGCCCUGAAAUCCAGACCAUUAUUAAGUAUUCCUGAUAUCAAAAUUGUUUUCUGACUACCUUCCUGCAGCGGCUGCAGCCAUAGAACAACACAUGUUUGUAAGGCACAAUCUAGUUUUAAUUCUAAAUAUCCUUUCACCAUUCUGUAUCUACUGCUCAGGCCUGCAACAGUUCAACUGCAGGUGUAACGUUGGUCACACAUGACUAGCAUUUAAGCCAGCAAGCAGCAUGAGAUUUGCAUUAUAAUCCUUGUGCCUGUUUUCUGGUCCUGUCUAAUUUUAACUAUUAAUUUCCUUCUCUAAAUAAGUUUGGGAGCAGGCAAGAAAGAAGCAUUACUCAGAGAUGAAGUAAGCAUGUGAAUUAAAAUGAUUGUUAAUAAGGUUACAGAAAGAUAUAUGGUAUUAUCUUGCAGUUCUCCUGCACCUUGGGCAGGACUAACUGGACUAGCUUCGUACUCAAUAGCAAAGGACCUUACAAAUUCAAAUUAGACUUCCAUUCAUAUUUUUGAUUUGUCUUGACUGUUUAGAGAAUAGUAACAUUUGUAAAAUGCUCGCUCCCUCAAAAGCUACACAUCUUGGCUGGAUUUUACAGAGACACAAUGGUCCUGGUGGCUGAGCUGAAGUCAGUGGUGGGAGCCUGUACCCUUCUGCUGGUUGCUCCACAGCAGUUUAACAUCGGGAGCAGCAACAUUUGCUUUGAAUACAUGGAGGUGGACCUACCUUAUGGAGCUGCUGGUCACCAGCACUGUAGUCCAAGCAGUGCCAGGCAGGUGUAAUGGCUACUGCCGGAACUAUCGGCAAUCCUAAAGAAGAGGAGCCCAGAUUUAGAACCAAGGCUGGGAUAUUGUAGGACCUGAAAGGAAGACCCCCAAUGAAGGAAAUGAGAGGAUUGUAGUGUUGGGGGUUUGAGAGGCUAGAAAAGGAGGGCAUAGAGAAAAAUAAGUUCUGGGCCAUUUUGUCAACAUCAGCCUGCUCAGUUUCAUGGCAUUGACCUCUCCCUCUGCCACAGGUAAUGGAGCUGAUAUUGAGUGGGCAGCCUAACACACCUCCAGAAUGCUGUAAAAUGUCACAAAGGCAAGAGGGUAGGGGAAGGACCACAGCUACUCAAUGGAUUUUAUGAAUUCUCCCCUACCAGCUGAGGAGUGUAUCCAGCUUUCCAUAUGGGUUUGAUUGUAUUGACAUGCAGUGAUUUAUUAUCUACUUGCAUCUAGAUAGAAGAAGAGAUUUAUGAGUGUAUUUUAACAUUAGAGGAGUAUAACAAAUACUUCUUGAUCUUGAGUCAUAACCUUGCAUAGUGCCUCUUCAGAGUGGUGCUACACAGACCCGAUUUCACGGGUUACCUGAUUGAUGUGUGUGACAUCAUCACUCAGCAAUAUUAUCGAUAGAGAAAGUCUUGAAUCAUUCAGGUAGAAUCUCACAAUGUGGCCUUCUGCCAGUGAACUCAGAGAUUCUGUGCAGCACCACUCUGAAGCUGUGGUGCAUAAAUAAUCUUUUUCUCCAUAUUUUCAUUCAGGAGGGAGAUUUUGAUACUUAGACAUUUCUUCGUCUUAUUCGUCUUUCUGUCACAAAUGUGCAAACUAAAUAAAGAUAGUUCUGUGUAUAGAUGGUACAGCCAGAAUUAUAGUGGUAGUUCCUGCUUUCUAGGCUUUUGCACCACCAGCUGGUAAUGUUACUUUAAGACCUGAAACUUCCUCAAAAGCCCCAGCACCAGGUCAGAUUGGAUAAUCAAACACGUUACAUGGUGACAUUUAUCAAGGCUUCAUGCUGAAUGCAACUUUUACAUUUGAUAGUUAUUUUCAUGGAGAAUAGUUACUUAAUGGAGAACAGAUUUUAAGAAUACUCUUUGGCUUGCAGUAACUGGUUCAUGCCAUUAGCUACUUAUCGUACAUUAUUCUCAGAAGGCAGCAGAUUACAGUUAAGUAGUGUAGCUGAAUAGAUUUAAUCAUUUUGCUUGAGUUCAGAAGCACUCUUUGAACUCUUUCCCCAUCUAAGGUCCAUGAUAGCAGAUCUCUCCAUUGAUACCUUUUUACAAUGACAAUGGAUGGUCAUAAUUGCAAUUAUCUUUCAAUUUCAGAUUCAUUAUUUGAAUUCAAAUUCCAGUAGCUGCUGUCAGCGAUUUGAACCCACGCGCUUUAACAAUUAGUCUGGGCCUACUAGCUUGCCACAUUCAGUGACAUUCCCACUAGCUCUUCACUCAGGAGUCACUGCAAGUAAAUGUCAUAGGCAUUAUGACAGGACAAGAAAAGGCUGAGAAACGUAGUUACAACACAGCAUUUACUGUAUGAACAUGCAAUGAUCCCAGUGGGACAAUGCCAGCACUGUAGCAGUCCAUAUAUUUGUCAUAUUGAGAAAAUGACCAUUUGUGUCCAAUGAUGCAUCAUUAAAUUAUAAAUGGCAAUCUUGUAAUUUUCCAUUUUAUUAAAAAGGGCAGUUAUGUUUUCAAUGCUCAUUAAAUAUGGGAUUUUGUACAGAUUUAGCUGAUCCUACUUGAGUAGUUCUUUUUAUUUUUCUUUUCUGUUGGGGAAACAAGGGAAUAAAUGUGAGUGCCGAACUGAGAAAUUCUCCAAUUAGAUCUUGGCUUAGUGGACAAAAAAUCGGAUCAGCCUGCCACCAUCCAGCUGCAUACUGAAAGCUCACAAGCUUUUCUGCCUAAGGACACUCACUAUAUUGAAGAAUACUCAUUUGGGUACAGAUGUCUUUGGAGAUGCCUCAGGAACAAUGCUAAGCAAAGUUUUCAAAUGUGGCUUGGAUAAAAUUGGCAAAGGAAAAGCAUAUGAGGAAACAAUUAGCAUAUAGCAUACUUUGUAAAUGCCCCUUAAACUUUACGAACAGUGCCAACCUGUCAGCAGAGAAUGCUGAAAGCCUCACCACAGUAAAUUACCUCUUGACUCGCUAAAAUAUGAAUAUUACUGGUUGUCUGUACUUGUCUGCAGGGAAAGCAGUUACUGUCACCAGGUGCAACAUGGUGCUAUUGAAUGAUGGUGCUCCAUUUAUAAACAACUCAGCUCAUCUUACUUAAGAAUAUGCUGCUGGCCAGCACGUCAGAGUUUAGUGUAUUUUUCCCACUGGUGAAAAAAUGCUAAGCCUUAUUAGUUUUACUACUUUAAAAAUAAAUAGAAAAAAAGACUUUUAGAGCCUAUUUACUCUUGCAUUUGAUAUACUGUUAUUACUGUGAUACCAGUUUAUUGAGAAUCUCUGUAAGCCUGCCACACAAUAUUCAGACAGUGCACAAUAACCCAUGCAUUAACUGUACUGAGCAGUGGUCAUUAAGAUUUUGGUUAAGUCUGUCCAUGUGUAUCAUGUUUUCUAUUGAAAAAUCAUUGUUACAAAAUUGCUUUUCUAAUUGAGCGCCUCCUCUAGUGAGAGCAUGUGCAGUGAAUUUAAGCACACAUUUUCAAUAAUUUUCCAUCCAAUACAGAAUAUCACUCAAUUACAUCUACUUAAAUUGCAGGAAAAAAUACACAAUUAUAGCCUUUCCAUCAACAUUGGAACUCAUACUGGAAAAUAUUUUAACCUGUGGCACUGUGGGGUGGAACUCAUAUUUGUUACUGUCACUUGUGUCACUGCUGAUCACAGAUGUAAUUUGUGGAAGUGAUUCAGUUGCAGCAGAAAGGAUAUACAUAGAUAAAACAUCAAAAUGUAUUCAUUUAAGUGCAGCUUUUCUGUUGAAUUUUGGUACAAUGCGUUAUCUGAUAGGACCAGCAGAAGCUUGUUCUUCUUUCAGAAGCAUGGAAAUGAAUACAAGGUGCUUGCAAAAAAUAGAAUUAAAUGUUUUAUGGAAAUCUCUGUUUACAUCAUGCCUCAGCAAAAUAUUAUUAUUCUAUUAACUUCAAACAAUAUCUACUGUACUUUGUUAUUGAUUUUCUGUUGCAUAAAUCAUUUAA